UUGACAGCGCGAGAAGCAAAACAAUCGAGCAAACGUUGCGCUACUUCGUCAAUUCCGUCACUGCAGUGGGCAGUUUUCUGUGAAUUGUUGUUCAAUGUGGAAAUGGCCCAUUGGGAGUAAAGAGAGCACAAUUGCUGCUGGAAUGCUGUUUGUUUACAUUCAGUCGCCGUCACAAUAGAUGAUUGUCCACAGAAGAAGACUACCGCGUUGGCACCAUUAGAAGUGUACGCAAGGAAAAACAUUCAUCCGUAGUUGCGCAUAUAUGCACCACGUUGCAUUCGGCAUCGCACGCAAAACACGCACACCGUUCGAACGGCCCACGAUUCGUUGGGUUCUGCGGCGUAGUUGAUGAGCACUAUCAAAUACUGGCUCCUGGUAGCGUUCCGGCUGUUUACGCAUUUUUUCAUUUGACAAUUUAACCGCAUCGGGCAGCUAACGCUCACCAGCGCGGCGAGCGCAUCCGGCGGCACUAGCACUAGCUUCUCGCCCACGGCCAGCUGUGGCUAUCUGUCCGUGUCGAAUCUCACGGAGGUGGUGGUGGUAGGUGAGUCGUCGCCGUCGCCACAGCAGCAUCGGGCCACCGUCAAGAGCCGUUGCCCGAGUGUUGCCGUUGUCUGUGAUAGUGAAAGUAGCAGCGUCGCGAUGCUGGACCUGGACCGUCAUCCGCUGCCGGAUCAGCUCGGCUAUCUGGUCCUGUCCGAGGAUGGGUCCGUACACGCUUCCGGCGGCGAGCUGGAAAACGAUGAGCGUAGUGCGAACAUUAUAAGCAACCUGCUAACGCUCACCGAAAGGUACCGCGAGGGACAUGCCGGUGACCCGCUCUCGGAUCUUGGUGCACUGAAAUGCAUUUUUUCUCUCUUUUCCAGUGUCGAUCCAGCUGUAUUCAGUGCACGCUCGUGCAGGAAAGUGUCGAUCGUGUUCGCCGACCACAGCUACACCAUAUGCCUUUCGAACAAACGCAUUUACGUCGUGAAGAAGCGGAACCGGCCGGACGCCAGCGCUACCGGCACCCUCGAGUCGGACGGGCAUUCGAUACUGGCCUGAUUUUGUGCGCGCUUUUCGGAACUAAAAUAAACGAUUCGAUCCGCUUUACUUUCUAA